GGCCAGUGAGUUUAGUGAGAGUGCCGCGAUCAUUUCGCCGUUGUACCGUGAAAGUCAAAUAUGAAGCUGACGGAACUCUUGAUAGUGACAUGGUGCUCGUUAAUCGUGGCGCGAUCAGAAACUGUGGAGACCGAGCAGGAAGAACUGCUGAGGAGAGCGGCGCAGCAACUCGAACGAUUAGAAGCGUUUCGGAGACCUCCGGAGAUUCAAGAAAAAUUCGAUCCCACGAUAUUUAUUGGAGAAUUGGAAAAUCCGAUCUCUCAAAGUUUACUGGAAAUUUGGAAAACCCCGGUGGAUCAGAAUCACCUGGAUGAGACGAAGAGCGAAGCGGAGCAAAGCACACUUUGGGAUGAGCUCGAGCCUCUUCCCGAAGAGACGGAAUCCGACGUGACAAAGCAGGUUCUCGGCAACGAGAAGCUAACCGGCGUUAUCACCGGCGAUCCCAAGUACGCCGCGAUGAUGCAGGAGAGGAUAAAGAGAGGCUACAAUGCCGGAUCCGCCAGUCUGCUCACCGGCAUCGCGGGUGGAUUGAUAAGCGGCGUUGCGAGCGCGUCGAGUGCUUCAGCGGCGAAGGCAUCGGCGAGUAGCAGCGAGACGGCGUAUAAACCGACAUACGCCGAGCCUCCGGUGCACACGGUGGAACACACGUAUUCGUACGACGAAAAACCUUUCGGUCCUUGGGACUUCAAGAAGGCAAUUUUCAGUACGCUGGUCCAAGCUCUGAAGGCGAUAGGCGGCGGUGUGCUGGCUCUCAAGGGUCAGUUAGUCAAAGGUAGCGGAUAUUUGUUGGCGGGCAAGGGCAAAGUCGUCAGCAAAGCCGGCGACUAUAUUACGUCCUUCGGCAAACAGCUGGCGGCCAGCGCGGUGGUGGAACCGAAACCUUAUCCGCCGGAAACUUAUUACGAUCAUCCGUCAGUGCAAGGACAUAAUUCUGACUACCAAGGACCACCGCCAAGUUCCGACGAUUAUUCCGAUUACACUCCACACGAGACGUACGGAGGCGUGCCAUCAGACGACAGCAAUCAAGGUGGCCUGCUGAUCGUGACGCCGACGAAAUCUGACCUGGACGAGCACAACGAUCAACACACGAACGUAGUGGCGCAAGACGCACCGGAUCCGCCAAAUUUGGACGAGAAUUUCGGCGGGCCGACCAAAAGCUCCGCCAUCAAGAAUCUUUUGAGCAGCGUGCCGAAGGGCAGCGGUUCGAAGGAUCAGACCGUCGUCAGUCAGGACAACAGCAACGUGAAUACUAAUUCCCCCAUUCAGCAGUAUCCGACUCCAACUUACGGUACUCCGGAUCAUUACAUUACGAAUCAGGACAAUCCGGCGCAGAAUUACAACAACGAUCCUCAGGAUUAUGCGCAAAAUUACAACAACAAUCCUCAGGAUUAUGCGCAGAAUUACAACAACAAUCCUCAGGAUUAUGCGCAGAAUUACCCGGUCGUUCAAAACAACGCGUAUCUACCGCCUUAUACUACUACUGUGUCGCAACAUCACUUCCCAAACUUCGACAAUCCCAAGCUGAUCAUUCAACCGAACGUAGAAUAUCCGCCUUUGCAACAGCUCGACUAUCCGUUGAAUCCAAACCCACUCGUCUUGAACCCGCCCAAGCUGCCGCACGAGGAUGACGGCGGCACGUCGAUGUACGCGAGUCUAAACAUAGACACCAAGCCGCAGAUCGCGCCCUUGAAAAUAUCCCUUCUGGGGGAUCAUUCCAAUGCUCUUCACUUGCCCAAGUUGCAGCCACACGUGGACUUCCACGGACAGUCCCAAUUAGCGAAUCCUCUUCACGAUAGCUUGAGCGGUCCCUUGAGGAUACCUUUCCUAAAUCCGGUGCCGACAGCUUAUCAUUGGCACAGUCAAGGGUUGUUUGUGCCGUCGCCUCUUACCACGCUGGAUCAUUAUCCUAAGAGGAACGUUCUUCAGAAGAGACAGGCGAUCGCCAAACGACUCGCGCGUUACUCGUCGUUGCAGAGGCUUCAACGGUUCUUAUAAAAAAAGUCGGGUGAGAUAAUGCGUUGACAUGAAUAUACAAAAAGAAAAUAAUUUCGCGAUAAUAAUCGCCGCGAUGACUUUGUUUCGACUAAUCGCGAUCCGAAAGCGCGAAUUGUCUAGUGGAACAAUACGAAUGUUUUUUUAGGAUGUUACGUCUACGUUAGACGUAAGAAUACACAAAUGAGGGGAAGAAAUCACACGCCACAUAUUGAAUUGCUAUCUGUACACAUAAGUAAAAAAAAAAUAUUAAGUGAGUUUAGACUUUUUAACAAAAUAUAUUGUUUAUUUAUCUUUAUUUUUAGAAGAAAGAGAGAAAACAUUGUUUUUUUUUUAGUGUUUACCUCUUUAUUUUACACUGAAGGUAAAGAGGACGAUAUUGCCCGUCAUCUUCCUUUUUAUUUGUUACAUGUUCUAAAUAUAUCAACAUGUUCUUUAAUAGGCGCGCACACGUGUUUUUUUUUGUUGCAGUGGUUUACGCGGUAGCGUAUUAUCCACGUUCGGUCGGACGCAGGUACAGAUACAGAUCGUCGCCGUAUGCUUACAUUCUUAGGCGAUAA